AUGGCCAAUCAGACUGCCACCGUGGGGGAGUUUAUUUUGCUGGGAUUUGCCCUCAGCAGGCAGGUGGAGCUGCUGUUCCUGACGCUGCUGCUGUCCACAGUCCUUCUGACCCUCCUGGGGAACCUGCUCAUCAUUUCCAUUGUGCUGUCCUACUCCCGUCUCCACACCCCCAUGUACUUCUUCCUGUGCAACCUCUCUAUCCUGGACAUCCUCUUCACCUCAGUCAUUUCUCCAAAAGUGUUGGUCAACCUAGCAUCCGGGGAUAAAACCAUUUCCUUUGCUGGGUGUAUCACCCAGUGCUAUUUCUACUUCUUCCUGGGCACGGUAGAGUUUCUUCUGCUGACAGUCAUGUCCUAUGAUCGCUAUGCUGCUGUCUGUUCCCUGCUGCAGUACAGCACCAUCAUGAACUGUUGCAUUGGGACUGUUGUGUUUUCUUGGGUAGGAGGUUUCCUAUCUGUGCUCUUCCCAAUCAUCUUCAUCUCUCAGCUGCCCUUCUGUGGCUCCAACAUUAUUAACCACUUCUUCUGUGACAGUGGGCCUUUGCUGGCCUUGGUCUGUGCAGAUACCACUGCCAUUGAGCUGAUGGAUUUCAUGCUUUCGUCCACCAUCAUCCUCUGUUGCAUAGUCCUUGUGGCCUAUUCCUAUACGUACAUCAUCUUGAUGAUAGUGCGCAUUCCUUCCUCAAGGGGAAGGAAGAAGGCCUUUAACACCUGUGCUUCCCACCUGACAAUAGUCAUGAUUUCUAGCAGCAUCACAGUGUUUAUCUACGUGACACCCUCCCAGAAAGAGUAUCUGGAGGUCAACAAGGUCCCUUCAGUACUGAGCAGUGUUGUGACCCCAUUCCUCAACUCCUUUGUAUAUACUCCGAGGAAUGACACGGUGCUGGGGGUCCUAAAGGACGUGUGGGUCAGGGUUCAAGCAGUUUUAGAAAAGUGGAUGAUGACAAUGCUGAGGAGCAACUUGUCCUCUUACAAAGACCAAUAA